AGGUAGAGAAGGAGCUGUGUCGCUUCAUAAUUCUCAAUGGCGCCUCAAACGAAAGAAGAAGAAGAAGAAGAAGAAGAAUUCAGCGAGAAUGUUGCCCAUCACCCUCCUGCUCCUCCUUCCCAGUUAUUUGACAUCACAACGACUGUGGAUCCCAGCUAUAUAAUCUCUCUGAUACGGAAACUUAUACCACAUGGUGGGAGAACGCAGCAUGAUUCUCAGGGAGUAAAUAAUCACCGUGAUUCCAUUCAUGGAUCAGACAGCAGGGGUAAUGAAAGUGGGGAAGCACAUAUUGUUAUGGAUUGUGAUAGAUUUGUUCAUCAGAAGUUGACUGAUGAACUAGGAGAAAUGUUAAGUCAUCAGUCUGUAGACAAGAAGGCUUACACAGAUAUUCUCAUUGUCGAUAAUGAGAUGAACCCCGAAUUCGUAAAGAGAAAAAUAAAUGAGGUUUUCCAUGAUGAUUCUGAACAACCUGGAGUGUCAUUGCCAGAAGAACCCUGGGAAGAGCAUGGCUGCAUUUUAUGGGACCUUGCUGCAAAUAAAACUCAUGCAGAAUUCAUGGUUGAGAAUCUUUUACUUGAAGUGCUGUUAGCAAAUCUUAUUGUUUCUAAAUCUGUGCGUGUCACGGAGAUUUGCUUGGGAAUCCUUGGGAAUCUGGCCUGCCAUGAAGUUCCUAGAAAUGCUAUAGCCUCUUCUAAUGGGUUGAUUGAAACGAUUGUUAACCAAUUGUUCUUAGAUGACUCCCUCUGUCUCUCUGCAACUUGCUGGUUAUUAACUUUGGGUCUUCAAGGUAGUGGAUCAGAUACUUGGGCUGAAGAACUGUUAUCUGAGAAUGUUUUAUGCCGUAUUUUAUGGAUCGCUGGAAAUACAUUGAAUUCUCAGCUAUUAGAAAAGUGCCUUGAGUUGUUGUCAACCAUUGUAGAAAGUCAACAAGUAGCACCGAUUCUUCUACCUCCUUUGAUGAAGUUGGGCUUGCUUAGCCUGUUGUUUAAUCUUUUGGCAUGUGAGAUGAGUAAUGUAACUGACGGAAAAGGUCUUGAGAGGUGCUCCGUUCUUGAUUCCAUUCUCUGUGUAAUUGAAUCUCUUUCUAUCAGCAGUGAUUAUUCACAAGCGUUAUCUUCAAAUAAAGAACUUUUUCGACUAGUCUGUGGUUUGAUCAAGCUUCCUGAUAAAAUUGAGGUAGCUGGCUCUUGUGUUACUGCUGUUGUCUUGAUAGCAAAUAUUCUGACAGAUGAUCUGAAUUUGGUGUCUGAGAUUUCACAAGAUUUGUCUUUCCUACAGGGCCUGCUCGACAUUCUCCCUUUAGUUUCAGAUGAUUCACAAGCAAGGAGUGCACUCUGGAGUGUCUUGGCAAGGGUGUUGACUCAAGUCGAAGAAAAUGCAAUGGGCGAAUCAACUCUGCAGCAGUACACAUCAGUUCUGGUGGAGAAAUCAGGAAUCAUUGAAGAAGAUCUCGAUGAUCACGUAGGAGAGGAUUCUGGUGAAGAUCAUAAGAGCCCUGGUGAAACAACAAAUGCCAAAACUACAUCCCUUAAAAGGAUUGCCAAUAUAUUAGAUUGUUGGGUCAAUGCAAGAGGUGACGUUUUGGAGAAAGAUACAGAGGGAGAAGAGGGUGCUAACGUUGAUGGAAGAGUUCAGAGAUUGCUGAGUUACUGCCGCAAGUAUAUCAUGUAACAGAUUCUAAACUUUAGCAUUGUACUUACAGCCACAAUGACUUAAAUCUCUUCCCCCUUUUAGUAUAGACUUUACCGAAAAAUUA